CCACCCUGCAGCCCGCCGGCGGGGCAGGAAGGGGCGGGCCGGGGCGGGCCGGCCGGGCCAGGCACCGGGAAGCAUGGGGAGCCCUCGGCGCCUGCUGCUGGUCUCCAACUCCACUCUGCACGGAGGGGGAUACCUGGGUCACUGCCAGCAGCACAUCCAGAGCUUCCUCGGGAAGAAGGUGAAGCGGGUGCUCUUCGUCCCCUACGCUCUGCACGACCGCGAUGCCUACGCCCGCACGGCGAGGGAGAAGUUUGAGAGCCUGGGUUAUGGACUAGACAGCAUUCAUGAAUCUUGUGAUCCAGUGGAAGCUGUAAGGAAGUCUGAAGCAAUAUUUAUUGGAGGUGGGAACACAUUCCGACUCCUAAAAGCUCUUUAUGAUAACUGUCUGAUACAGGAGAUCAGGAAAAGAGUUCUUGAGGAUGGGAUUCCUUACAUGGGGUCCAGCGCAGGAACGAACGUUGCGACCAUCAGCAUCCAUACUACCAAUGACAUGCCAAUUGUUUACCCACCUUCCCUGCAGGCCCUAGGUUUAGUUCCUUUUAAUAUUAACCCCCACUACCUGGACCCAGACGUUAAAAGCACUCACAUGGGUGAGACAAGAGAGGAGAGAAUUCGCCAGUAUCAUGAAGAACCAAACACCCCUCCAGUUCUGGGCCUGCGGGAAGGUGCAAUGCUGCUAGUGGAAGGAGACAAAGCCACCUUGCAAGGAGUGACAGGAGCACGUCUGUUUUUGAGGGGUAAGAAAGCUACUGAGCAUGAGCCUGGAACAGAUUUCAGUUUCCUCCUGACUGACAGUAAUCUCCAGAAUCUGUAGUCUUGCAUAUCAUGCAGCAAAAGUCACUGCACAGGAAGACAAUGAGGAGGAAGGAAGAAGAUGCUCUAGUCCCAGGGCAUGUGGAGAACCCUAGCUUUAUAAAUAAAGAUAAAUAUGCAUUAGUGGACUUCCCCCCCUCCCCCAAUUCACAUCUCAGACAUCAAUUCUUCCCAGUAAAAAAAGACAAUUUUAUUGGAAUAGAUGUGUAAUCAUAGCUGUUCUUAGGCUGAAAGGGACUGUACAUUCAUGUAUAUACCUUGAUUCCUUCCCCACCACACAAAAGUUACUUUAACACAAGACACUGAGUCAGCUGUUUCUGCUGCCUAGCUUCACCUGCUAAAUGAAAGAAUUGUUCAUUUAGUGUACUCCCACACUAAUCGGUUUCAAUUUUUUUGUGCUAUUAAUAAAGCUAGAAGUUAUGCAUUCAA